UCCUUUCGCUCACUGUUGUGCUUGCCUCGUGUUUUCAUUUUGGUUUUUUCGACGUUUUUCUCCAGUAAUUAUCAUUCAGAAAAAAUGAAUUUGAAUGUAAAAUCGGUCAGUGUUAAAGAUGUUGAUCAAAGUGAAUUUGUUGUUGCAUUGGCCGCUUUUCUUAAAAAAUCGGGUAAAUUAAAAGUGCCGGAUUGGAGUGAUUUGGUCAAAACUGCUGUGUAUAAAGAAUUGGCUCCAUAUGAUGAUGAUUGGUUCUACACACGUUGUGCUUCGGUUGCCCGUCAUUUGUAUCAUCGAUCCCCAGUUGGUGUUGGUGCCAUUACCAAAAUCUAUGGUGGUAGAAAUCGUCGUGGUGUACGUCCAUCGCAUUUUUGCCGUGGUGGUUCGAAUAUUGCUCGUAAAUCCCUGCAAGCAUUGGAAGCCGUCAACUGGGUGGAAAAGGAUGCCAACAGCGGUGGUCGUCGUUUGACAAGUCAAGGUUGCAAAGAUAUGAAUCGUAUUGCUGCUCAAUUGAAAGAAGCAUCUCGGAAAAAGAUUCUGGAAGAAAAUGCUGCUAUGGCAACCACGGCAUAAGAUUGUUCUUUUUAAAAAUUCAUUCAACAAAAUUAUGUUCGAUUUUUUUCAUAAAAAAUAAAAAAAAAUUAAUAUAA